GACCUAACCUAUCCAUUCCUCCCCCACCCCACGACCUCUCCUCUCCUCUCCCUCCCAGCCGCCGUCAGAUCCGCCAUGCCCACAGCACUCUCUGCUCCACCCAAACCCUACCCACAGCCGCCGCCAUGCUCCGUCACCGGCGACCUCGCCGCCGCCACCCCUCUCCCCUUGCCCUAUCUCCAUACCGCACGCGAGGGAGGGAGGGAGGCCCCAAAUCGAAGCGAGCAGCAGCUUCCGGUUCCAGAUCGAGAGGGGCCCCAAAUCCUCACCUUCCUCUGCCCCUUGGCUCCUCUGUGUCGCCCUACCCCUCGGCUCCCGCGACGCCGAGCCGGACGGGAGGAGCCACCGCCCCACAGCACGCGCGCGCCGGUAGGGCGAGGGGAUCGAUGGCGAAGCUGUAUGUGCAGGCGGUGCCCCCGCCGGAUCUGAACAAGAACACCGAGUGGUUCAUGUACCUGGGGGUCUGGACCACCUACAUCUUCAUCCUCUUCGUCUCCUGGCUCCUCAUCCUCUCCAUCUUCGGCUGCACCCCCGGCAUGGCCUGGACGCUCGUCAACCUCGGCCACUUCGCGAUUACAUACCACUUCUUCCACUGGAAGAAGGGAACUCCAUCUGCAAGAGAAUCCGUGAAGAAGAGCAACGACCAGAUCCUCGCCUUCAACAAGGUGUGAGGAGGAGCCUGUGGCUGAGACUGCAUCAGCACAGAUGCUGCAACCCAUCACAGCGAGUUCCUCGGCCUCUGUUACGGCCGAUGCAGCAGUAACUCAGGACACCAUUCAUGCCACGCUGCCACUUCUACAUUUUCUUUCUCUUUUCUAGUUACUUAUGUGAUUUAUUCCUGGUACUUGUUGCUGUUGUAUUCUGAUUACUUGUUGUGACCGGUAUUGAGAGAUUUUGGUGGUUGCUUUGAGUACAUUUAACUUGGAGUUCUCCAGUACUCCUAGAUUUGCUACUCAAACAAAUUUUGAGUACUUGCACUGGAAAGGAGUGAAAUACUCCUGGUACUUGCAUAGGUUUAAAAAUGACUUGCGUAGGUUUAAAAAUACUCCUGGUACUUGUGGUGAAACCAACAAGCAACUUGCUAACCUCUUUCAGUGUUCAAUCAUCUUUUCAUUCUUAAAUUUCAGUGUUCAAUUUCAGAUUAUACAAACUGGAAGUGUCUGUUGUUCUUUUUCUUUUUUGAACUAAACUAGAAGUAGGAAUUCAUUUUAUUGGGUUAGUGUUGUAAAUUGUCGAUGUUUCCUUUUUGUUAUUGGCUUAUUGCUUGCUUCAUUUGGACAGCUACAACUGAAAUUAUUAUGAUGCCAUAUUUUUUAUAUUACUCCAUGCUCACCAAGUUAUUGAGUUGAAGUUGUCGUUGUUUGCUGUCAAGAUUUGCUUAGCCUGAAUACAUGGUUAUGUUUUUGUGUACUACUGUCCUGUUGUCUCUGUUGGAUGGACAGCAUCCCAGUACAAGUACUUGCUAGGUUUUACCUGUUCAUGCAAAUCUUGUUGGGUGUUGCAACACUUGGAUUAUUUAUUAAUAUAACCAAGCAGCGAUGCUUCCAUUUUAACACAUCUAUUAGUGUGCUAAAACUACUAAAGUACCUGCUUCUUCUUACCCAGAGUAGUACAUCAGGCUUGUAUUAACUUGUAUCAACUGUAUUAACUUGUAGCCUAGUCACUGCAGUCAUCUUGUGCUUUUAUCUUCUCUGUGAUGUCAUGUCCUUUGAGUCUACUUAUUAAAAACCUUAUGCUCAUAUUUCUUUUUACUACCUCUAUUUCCAUAAACGUGACAUUGUUUUGUUUCUAAAUACUUGAUGCAUACAAGUUUGAGGGCAUUAUCCUAAACCACUGCUCUGGUUCAUCCAUCUCCUAUACUUUGUUACUUGUGCUUAAUUGAGAUGUUACUCAAGGGUAGUGUUUGGGCCAGCAUAUAUAAAGGGUAUGGUCGCUUACUUUAAUAUGUGUGUUUACUCAAAACAGUCAAAAUAUCUAUAAAGAGAGUGAACUCACUUCAUGGAUUCUUUCAAUCUUCAAUGGUUAUGGUUUUUGCAUUAUAGAUUCUUAAUCUCGGCUGAUUUCAGACUCUUCCAAGUGCUAGCUAGCUCCAAAAGCAAAUCAUAUUCAUUUGGAAGAUGCAACAUUCUAUCAGAAUUCAUUCUCCUGCUCUUUUUCGUGUACUUAAUGUCAUCCAUUCUUCAAACCUGUUGGUUAAGUUCUUAUAGUGUGUCGCUUUGUUCGGAACUGUAUUUUUGUUUUAGGAUUUGCUUCUUGUGUGGUACUGGAUGGCGGAGUAUUUAAACAAUUUGGUUACUAUCGGAAGCACUUUAAUUCUAUGGAAUGAAACUUUGACAAGCAUGCAUAUAUAUGUGUUCAAAUUUUCUGGAUUAUGUGAUGGCAUUCUAUGAUUCUGUUUAACUACUUAAGUAUAUGUAUGAAUGUGCUUGAGUCCAUGAUUUAUUUUUCUGAUUUUUGAUUUGACCUCAAGAUUAUCUUCUUAUUUCUCUUGUCCUUCUGGAGCAGCAUGAUUUGAUUCGGUACAAGGGGUUCGUCAUGCCAGGCUCCUCUUUUCUGCUGCUUCCAUGCAACGGUGGUGGCGGCUGUGUUGUUUGGCAUCGGCUACAAAAACAGCCAUGGGCGACCGAGGAAGGCAUGUUGUCUGUUUUCUUGAAGGCCGUUCUAUUUGUUCCCAGCCCUAACUACGGUUGUCUAGCUAGUUUGGCAUGUUGUUCAUAUCACUAUGGUAGUCCAACGAGUUUGGCAUGUUGUGAGUUUGGCAUGUUCAUGAUGGGAGCAGGUGCCAGUUUGUGAUUGCUUGUAAAGCUUGUAAAGUAUUGUAUUACACUUGUAGUCAUUACUGUGAUUGCCACUGUAUUACACUUGUAAGGAUCUGGUUGCUCUUAUUUGAAGUAUUAUGUGUGCUUUUUGUCUGCCCAUUUGAA